ACGACUGAUGAUAAAACUUGCAAGUAGUCUAGACCGCCAGCAGAGAAAACCCGCCAUUGACGUCCAUUACAAGACCUCCCUCCCGAGUCCAUCACUCACCCACCGAGUUGUAAGUUAUGCCAAAGUUGAGGUUUGGUGGCAACAAUCACUUUGAAAAGUACCCUCUGCUGAAAAGAAAAAAUGUUUCUUUGAUCAUACUCUUUCUUCUCCGGUCAUUUCCUCAUCACGCAUAGUGGGAAAGCCUUUAUGAAAAGAGAGAUAAAGAGGUUAUAAUGGUAUCCUAGAGCUCGUGGCGAACUUUCUAGUUUACAGAAGCGGAAGCCAAAAAGAAAGGGAAAAAGUAUCGGAAGAUGGGUAGACAACAGUACUCGCUGCGGAAAAAAGCAGUUCACUUUGUGACCGAUAUCGCCACCGUCUUCCUCAACCCCAUCUCUGAUAAGCCCUCCAAACCUCAACCGCCUCCUCCUCCUCCAGCCGCUGAAGAUGCUAGUGAGACGGAAAGAAGUCAACAAGAGUCAACUAGUGAAGAGAGUUCUGGGGACAUAGUUGAUGGGCCGGAUACUUCGUCUUUUACAGCAUUUCUUUACUCUCUGUUGUCAUCCUCCGAGUCUGGAGAUAAUAAAAAGUCAGAUGAACAGAAUGACGAAGUAGAAUCAGACGACCUACAAUCUGACCCUGUAAUGAAAGAAAGCAGUGGGAAGAGAAGCUUAUUUUAUAGGGGGAAACAUUCGCUCAGUAGAGCUAUUUACAAGGCUGCAAGGAUCAGUGGCUAUCGAAAUCAAGAGCACAAGGAUGACUCGAAGGCGAAUGUUGAUGGGAAUGAUGCUGAAUUUACUGGAGUUGAGAUGAGACAUAUGGAAAAUGAGAAAGAGUCUGAGGACUUGGUUAAAGUCCCAGACAUCUCUGAACCUUCAUUGCUUUUUUCAGAGAAAAGUAGAAGUGUGCUAUAUGCUUCGCUUCCAGCACUUGUUCAGGGGAGGCAAUGGUUAUUGCUCUAUAGUACAUGGAGGCAUGGCAAAUCACUUUCAACCCUAUACAGAAGGAGCAAGCUUUGGCCUGGACUCAGUUUGCUGGUGGUUGGGGAUCGUAAAGGUGCAGUAUUUGGUGGCUUGGUUGAGGCACCCCUAAGACCAACCAGCGAGAGAAAAUAUCAGGGAAGUAAUAGUACAUUUGUUUUCACGACUAAAUCCGGUGAUCCUGUUAUAUUCCGCCCCACAGGUUUAAAUCGCUAUUUCACUCUUUGCUCCAAUGAAUUUCUGGCAUUGGGUGGAGGUGGACACUUUGCACUGUAUUUGGAUGGUGAUCUAUUGAACGGAUCAAGUUCUGUUUCAGAAACAUAUGGCAAUCCUUGUCUUGCACAGUCCGAAGACUUUGAAGUGAAGGAAGUUGAGUUGUGGGGCUUUGUAUAUGCUUCAAAGCAUGAGGAAAUACUUUCUUUAAGCCGAAUGGAGGCUCCUGGGAUUUGCCGAUGGUAAAUGCUCUUCAAGCUCUUUGUGGUUGUUAAUCAGGUGGCUGCAGCCUGGUACUCUUGCAAUAACGCUUGUUAUUUUCAAGUUUAACCGAGAAUAGGUCUUUUGUAUAUGCCAUGAUAUGCUCCAAAUUCUAGUUGUGCAUACAUGUCCACCACCCCUGUAUAUACAAAGUGUCAUGCAUUGAAUUGCCAGUUUUUUUUCCCGGGUAAAUGGCAGAUUUUGAUGGCAUACUGAUUGAUACGAUAAGGAUUUCCAAGACUCA